AUCGGCAAUUGGCAAUCGACACAAGUACAACUACGUGGCUGGGCCGCUCUGUUUAGCAAUAAAUUUUACUUACGACUAAUUUUCCGAACGCGAAAACCAGUAAAACAGCAAAAUGGGGCAAACAUCAUUAGCCAAAAUAGCGCUAACAUUAUGUGGCCUGCUGCUAAUAAUGGGAACGCCAAUAGCGCAAGCCUUCAUUGUCAACAUCGAUGCGCAUAACGAGGAAUGUUUCUUUGAGAACGUCGAAGGUGGCACAAAGUUUGGUGUUACAUUCGAGGUGAUUGACGGCGGCUUCCUCGAUGUGGACAUCAAAAUCACCGGCCCCGAUCAGCAUGUGAUGCACGAAAGCGAAAAGGAAUCUUCCGGCAAAUAUACUUUCGUUGCUCCUUCGAAGGGCGUGUAUACCGUGUGCUUCAACAACGAGCGCAGCAGCAUGACACCUAAGAUGGUCAUGUUCUCCAUCGAGCUGGGCGAUGCGCCACAACGCGCUCCCGGUGCUCCUGGUCAAGAGGAGGUGGGACACACCAAGCUGGAGGACAUGAUUCGUGAAUUGUCUGGAACGCUGACGAGUGUCAAGCACGAGCAGGAAUACAUGCAUGUGCGCGACAAAAUCCAUCGUUCGGUCAAUGAGAGCACCAACUCCAGAGUCGUCUUGUGGUCGACAUUUGAGGCCCUCGUUCUUGUGCUGAUGACUGUGGGUCAGGUUUAUUACCUCAAGCGUUUCUUCGAGGUGAAGCGCGUUGUGUAAUCCAAGGGAGGAACCUGAACAGGAGUGAAAGGGAGAGCGGAGAAAGGAGUGGAGUACGAAUGUGAAUGUGUUGCAAGUCUCAGCCUAAUUUUAAAACUGAUUAAAUUAAAUACUACGUUUUUUUGUAACAAAAACCGAAACAACCAACCUACCCAAUCAA